UGCUGCCACAUUCAUUAGGAAGUCAUAUGAUGUCAGAAGAGUUGAAAUCACUCCCCUGGAGCAGAGGAAGGUAACUUUUGAUACCCAUGCUUUAGUGCAAGAUCUGGAAGCCCAUGGCUUUGGGAAGGAACAAGCGGAGACCAUCGUAUCAGCAUUAAUAACCCUGUCGAAUGUCAGCUUAGACACAGUCUAUAAGGAUAUGGUUACACAGGCUCAGCAGGAAAUAACUUUACAGCAGAUAAUGGCACAUUUGGACUCCAUUCGAAAAGAUAUGGUCAUCCUGGAGAAAAGUGAAUUCGCAAACUUGAGAGCAGAGAAUGAGAAAAUGAAAAUUGAAUUAGAUCAAGUUAAACAGCAGCUAAUGAAUGAAACUGGUAAAAUCCGAGCUGACAGCAAGCUAGACAUAAACCUGGAACGGAGCAGAGUGACGGAUAUGUUUACAGAUCAGGAGAGGAAACUGAUGGAAGCAACUACAGAGUUUCAUAAAAAAGAUUCAAGUACCAACAGUGUUAUCUCAGAAAUCAGUAAUAAAAUUGACACUGAAAUAGCCUCCUUAAAAACACUCAUGGAAUCGAAUAAACUCGAUACAAUACGUUAUUUGGCAGCUUCCGUAUUCACUUGCUUAGCAAUAGCACUGGGAUUUUACAGGUUCUGGAAAUAGAUCUAAAUGGAAUGACUGCAUCAAAUACAGGUGGAGGAAAGGCCACCUAAGCAACAUCAGUUUGACGAUCAUGUUUGCGCUGUAGAUAACCUUGGUACCUUUUUGUUUUGAUACUCUUACUGUGCACUAAAAAUGUUUUCUGCAUAUGUAACACUAAAGAUCAAAAUAAUUGGGAGGGAAGGAGGCAGAUAGUAAUAUUUCAUUGUCCCCUAUUUAACACUGUAUUUAUUUCAAAGGACUUCUUAUGCUAAAUCAGAAAGCGUUCCC